AGGCUGGCCAAACUGCUGAUCGAUGGCACCCAGCUGGUGACAAAUAUCCAAGUGGCGGCUGACUCCCGAGAGGCCCACAGGCGCUCGGAGGAAGAGGAGCUGACUCGGCAGCGGGUCGAGAAGCUGGAGAACGAAGCCAAGGGUAACCAGGACAAGUUUGAGGAGAUCACCUCCAAGUGGGCGGCGGCCAAGGAGAAAACGAUCCCCCAAGACCUCUGGGACAGGCUCAAUCAGCAGCAGCUGCUGUGCGCCCUGCUGAUCGAGGAGAAGAACAAGCUCAUCAGCGAGCUGCAGCAGGAGCUGAAGAGCAAAGAUGACCAGUAUGUGAAGGAUCUCAGGAGGCAAGCGGAGGACAUCAAUUUGCUGCUGGAACGGAUGGAAGAGCAGAUCCGAAACCUCUUGAAGAAUUGCCGCCGGGAGCUCCUGCAGAUUGAG